ACAAACUUGACAGUUGUCAGUUUUGCUUUAAUGAAAAUAAAUUAAAGUACCAUUCGAAGGAAGUAUGUCGUCGAAAAAUAAAAAUGGGAGCAGUUCUAAUGUGAUUGCUUAUAGUGAUAUGGCAAUUAGGAAUAAUUUGUCUGUGGUAGAAUAUUGUCGUACGUCUAUGGCAGCCCUCUCGGGCUGCACUGCUGGAGUAUUGGGUUUAACAGGUUUAUAUGGGGCUGCUUUUUACAUUUUUGCAGUAACAAGUUUAUGGUUAAUGAUCCUUUGUAAAGCUGGACUUUCAAGUUGGAAAAGCUACUUUAUUUCUCGUAAAUCUCUUCUCACGAAUGGGUUUUUUGGUCAAUUGUUCACUUAUAUACUAUGUUGGACAUUUAUCUAUGGAAUGGUACACGUGUACUAAACUGUUGUAGAUUAAUAAAAUUGUGUUUAAUGAUU